AUGAUCCAGUCGUGCGGCCAGCUCAGCAUGAAAGUGAUCAAUCAUUUGCACUUGCACGAGUUCAACGAGACGGAGAAGAGCCACGAGUACGCCAUGGCGAGAGCAGUUGGGUGGCCUCGGUGGCACUACGGCGUGUUGACCAUGUAUUCUGGCCACUUGGCCAUUCCGAACUGCACGAUCGCGACCGGCUUCGACAAGCGCGACGACCUUCUCGACUUCCCGACGUCCUCGAACGAGAGCGUGCAACGCCAUCCUCACGUCCACGCGCAACAAAACUUGUUUUACUUCUCCAAAGUGGAUUUUCAAGAAGGCAACUACGACAACAUGCGGCUCGAAGACUUGGACGUUGCCAAACGCGACGACCUUCUCGACUUCCCGACGUCCUCGAACGAGAGCGUGCAGCGCCAUCCUCACGUCCACACGCAACAAAACUUGUUUUACUUCUCCAAAGUGGAUUUUCAAGACGGCAACUACGACAACAUGCGGCUCGAAGAUUUGGACGUUGCCAAAGUGAAUGACUAUGCGACGUACAUGGCGCUCAAGUCGCACCGACAGUACAAAAUCGCUAUGGCAGCAUAG